UCCCACCCCUCCCCCCUGGACACUGAUGCCGUCACCGUCUUCCGCGGUGACGCCGCCGCUGCCUUCGGCCAAACCGUCGCCCAAUUCGGCACCGGCGACAACGGCGGCAUCCUUGUGGGUGCCCCGUUGCACCGCGGCGCCGGUGACAAGAAGGGAACGAUCUACCGAUGCCACCAACGCUCCGGCCAAUGCCAGGAGAACCACCCUACGUGGUCAAACGCGUCCCUUGGGUUGACGUUGGCCAACGAUGACACCAAAGCCUUGGCGUGCGGCCCCACCGUCCCCCAAACCUGCGGGGCCAACGUCCACCUCAAGGGCUUCUGCGUCCUCCUGGACCUCAACCUCCAGCAGCUCCAACGGAUCCCAGAUACCCAACCAGAGUGUCCCAAGACUUUUGCUGACAUCGUGCUCCUCAUCGACGGCUCCGGCAGCAUCAACCGCCGGGACUUCAUGGCCAUGAAGACCUUCGUCACCGACGUCAUCAGGCUCUUCCAGGGCACCGACACCCAGUUUGCUCUCACCCAGUUCUCCGACAUCAUCGUCAACCACUUUGACUUCGCCACCUUCCGGCGCUCCCGGGAUCCCAUCCUGCUCCUGCAGCAGGUCCAGCAGCUCAAGGGAUCCACCCACACGGCCACGGCCAUCUGGAACGACCGAGAUGUUCACCCCCUCCGCGGGGCGCGGGACGAUGCCCGACGGAUCCUGGUGGUCAUCACGGACGGGCGAAAGUUCAACGACCCCCUGGGGUACGGGGAGGUCACCCCGCUGGCCGAGCGCAUGGGGGUCACCCGCUACGCCAUCGGGGUGGGCCGCGCCUUCGCCGACCCCGCCGCCCUGGCCGAGCUCCACACCAUCGCCUCCGCCCCCGGCGCCCACCACGUCUUCCGCGUGGACACCUUCGCGGCGCUGCAGGGCAUCCAGCGCCAGCUGCAGGAGAAGAUCUUCGCCAUCGAGGGUACCCGGGCCGCCCGCAGCAGCUCCUUCCAGCUGGAGAUGGCCCAGGAGGGCUUCAGCGCCCUGCUGACCCCCGAGGGUCCCGUCCUGGGGGCGGUGGGCGCCUACGGCUGGUCCGGGGGGGUCUUCGUCUACGGCGCGGGCGGGGAGGCCACCUUCGUCAACGUGUCCCACGGCGCCGGGGACAUGGAGGACGCCUACUUGGGCUACGCGGCCGAGUCCCUGUCCCCUGGGGGGCCACCAGGCGCUGGCGCUGGGCGCCCCCCCGCUACCCGCCACCGUCGGCCGCCUGCUCCUCUUCCACCGCCGCGCCCCCCGCGCCCCCCUGGGAGCUGCUGGCCACCGCCCGUGGGCUCCUACUUCGGGGCGUCCCUGUGCGCCCUGGACCCGGGUGGUGCCGGCGCGGCUGCGGUGCUGCUGGUGGGCGCCCCCAUGUUCCACGGGGCCGGCGGCGGGGGGCGGCCUGGUGUGUGUCCCCUCCCCCCCCAGGGUGGGCAGCUGCGGUGCCCGGGGGCGCUGCGGGGACAACCCGGCCACCCCUGGGGGCGCUUCGGGGCCAGCCUGGCGCGCCUGGGCGACCUGGACGGGGACGGGUGGCCCGAGGUGGCCGUGGGGGCCCCGCUGGAGGACGAGGAGCGGGGGGCCCUCUACGUCUUCCGCGGGAGGAGGGGCGGGCUCGAGGAGCGCUACAGCCAG